UUAGAAGAAAUGCUGUUUGAACAUUACAGUUCAGGAGACGAUCACAAUCAUUUGGCAAAUAAGGAAAACGAAAAUUCGGAUUUUCCAACUUCUCACGUGAAAUGUCAACAAUCCGACGAAGACGAAAUCCCCAACCUUUAUUGCACCAAUCAUGAGAGUAGUGCAGUCAUACAAAGUUUUUCUUGUGCCAGACCUGAAGAAACUAAUCAUCAAGAAGUGGAAGAAACCCAACUUCAUUAUAUUUUAAACGAUGAUCAAUCUAAGUCCCAAAAAUCCUGUGAAAGCUUUGGCACCAAUUCUCCACAAAAUUGCCGGUCUUUUGAACAGGAUUACUCUUCCGUUCCUUCGUUUAUGGAGCCCUCACGUCAUCAUUUUCAAUCUAUGAUGUGUUGUAACGAUCCUUGUUGCAAGGAGGCAUGCGAGUAUACAAAUUCAUCAUCCAUUGGAACCGAGAUCAUGCAGUUUUCUUGGAAUGUAGAUGAUCCUCAGUUCUCUAGUUCUCUCAUGCCAUUCCCAUCAUCCUCAGAUGAAGACGUAACGGUCCCAGUUUAUCGGUGGAAUGGCCAUAUUGUUAGUUUGCCCAAUCAUUCCUUGCAGUUACCAACAUCUUUGCAUCAAAUAUCCUCACCAAAUUUAUUCACUCAAACACAAUCUAAUAAGAGGACUAUGCAAGAAGAUUUGUUUUCUGAUCUCUCGUUAAAUGAGCUUAACAAGCCGUAUGCCCUGCCUACGAUUUCUAAUGUUCAUCAACAAACCAACUCAUUUCGCAAACGUGCUAAAGCUGUGCUAAACAAUCAAAUUCCAAAUAUUACACCCAGUAACUCUCCUGUCAUGCUGUUGUCUUUGGAGUCUACGGUUGAAUAUGAACAAGAUACUUUCAAACAAUUUCAAGCAAAAUAUGAAGCUUAUAAAUUUCAACCAAGAAUUGACUUGAAUGAUAUUGUUCCUGAGACACCUGAGCCACCUGUAGACCUUAAUGAUCCAAGACCUGAUGCACAACCUCGUAGGCAAAAACUGAAGUAUCCAGGUGACAUGUACACGCCACAGUGGGUAAGGUACUCCGGUCAUUCCAAGGAAGGAUUUUGUAAUGAUUGUAAACCAGGAAAAUGGCUACAACUGAAAAACAGCGCAUAUUGGUAUCAUAAACAAUUCUUUCAUGGAAUCUCUUCCGUAUCUGGCAAAAUGUUUGUUCCGCCUGUCGAAACGCGUAAAUUCGAUUCUGGUGAUUGUACUGAAGGUCUGUGUCAUCAAUGUGGUCAAUGGGUUCCAAUUGCAACGAGCAAGAAAAAAAAUUCCAUGCUUUGGUUUCGUCAUGCACAUAAAUGUCAUGUUUAUGUCAAGCCUAAAAGCUACCCACCUGGUGGUAAAAGGCGAUAG